UUUCGGUAGACAGGAAGACCCGUGAGACAGGCUAUAAAUAGGUUGUGAAAAAAAUUGGUAACAAUUAGCUCAGAUCAUUCACUUAAACGCCAAGAAUGAACGCAGCCGCUACUGGAUCAAACUUUUGGGUAAAUAAAAUUUAACCAAGUUUAUUUUUUCCUAAUAAUUUUUAAAUUUUGCUAAAUGUAUAUAUUCCUUGACUUUCACAAAUUCGUAUUGCAAAAUUUAGGCAUUACGUAAUAAGAAAUAAACGAGUUGUCAGUAGCACUGCGUACGUGCAAUAUAAAAUACGAAUUUUACUUUGUAAUUUAUGUCCCACCUUUUUAUUUUACACCUUACAUUAUAUUUUAUUUAUGUUGAUUUUUCCACUUGUUUCUGAAAUCUUAUUUACAGUUUUCUCAACCUAUUUUCUCUUGAUGUUUGAUUCUUUGGCAUAUGCCAUAAUUCAUAAUAAAUAAUGUUGGCAUAAGCUUCAUGUGUGUAGUGUGUAUAAUUUGACAAUAUUACAAAAAGAAUUGAAUAUGAAUAAAUUGAAUAAUAAUAAUAUGAUUAUGACAUUGCCAUUCACUCAUUGACAUUGUCAGUACGAAUAAUCAUGUCAAUUAGGACACCCUCAGCAUCAUGAUAGAUUGAUUAGACUUAGACUAGUAGCACAUAUAUGUCUUUUAGUUUAGUUGGUCCGUUACAGUGGAUAUUCUUGUAAUGGGCCCUAUCUGAUCUAGAUUUUCAGAUCUGAAGCCAUGUACCAAGGAACUUUGGACUUUGCUGUAAAUUUUUUAAAAAAAGUUUUAAGAUUAACUGCAUGUUGCCUUGCAGCAUUUUUAGUCACAUGUAAAUUUUUUAAAAUUGUGACAUCUGAACAUUAAAACAAUUUUUUUUUUAUUUUCUUUAAAAGUUAAGUAACCUACAUUUAAUUUUAAAUAAUAGAGCUUUAUUGGUAACUAAUAUUUACUAAUAAUGAUAAUGUAAAUUAAACAAAUAAAAUUUUUAGUUUAUCCUUUGCCUCAUUCUUAAUAUUCAAAUGUAAUAUUUCUGAAGUCUCAAAACUGUUGUUACCCAUUUGUCAAGGUGAAUCUUUAUUCAUAAUUAUAGUCAUGGCAUAUUCAAAAGUGUAGAAACAGUUGUGUUACGCAAGAUUAGUUUUGAGGAUUUAUCACAGGCGUGGCAAUUUUAAAAGAAGAAGAAAACUUAAGCAGGACAAGGUCUAUAUAAAAGUCUCCAACAUUAUUUUAUUGAACACUAUUCAUUCACAUUUGUUCUGUCAUCUUUAAUAUUUGAUUCAUGAUGUUAAUCAUAUUUUCAAAAAUCUAAAUUUUACAGAUUCAGUUGAAGCAAGCAGCUGUUAUAGUCAAUGGCGGAAUCGUUAUAUUUGCAGGCCUCAAUUUGUAUAGGGGCACAGAAAAGUUUUAUGAAGAGAUUGCCAUGCCUAUGUUUCGAAUGCUUGGAGCUGAGACUGCCCACAACCUGAGCAUCACACUUGCAAAAUAUAAAAUUGUACCAAGGCCUCAGUUUGUUGAUCCUCCAUCUCUGGUAACAACGACUUGAGUUUUUCAAAUUGUUUAUUUUCCUCUUUUUAUUUUUUUUCAUUAUAACAUGACUGGGAGGAUUGCUGUCUUUUUAGCAUGGUUCUAUGUUUUUUUUACAAGUUGACUCAGUACAUCCAACUUCAACAAACUUCUUUUGCCCCAAUCAGCAUCCAGACCUGUUAUAGGCCCAAGUGACAGAGAGAAUUUUUUUACUCAUGACUUACCUGCUCCCUAAGAGUAGUUGCCUUACUGGGCAAAAAAAUCCUAGUCCAUUUGAACACACUACCACUUUCUUGUGAAGCUGGCUAUGCUACCCUUCCUAUGAAAGUUAGGAAAUUUUAAAUUUGGUUCACUUAAGUGGGACUCGGUGAGCCACCCGUUAUCCAAAGUAUCAUGAAUCCAAAAUAGUUGAAAAGUUUUGUGUUUUUUUUUUAAAAAACAGAAUGUAAUAACCUUUGUGAACCUUUUAAACAUGUUUUGACAGAAUAGCAUUUUAGGUUGCAAUGGACAUGUUAUGAUAUAUAAAUAUAAAAAUUCGAUGACUUAAUAUCAACACUUUGUCUGACAUAUAAAUGUAAAAGAUGAUGUAUAAAUCAUCAAAAUAUUGUUUGAAUAUUGAUGAAAUGCUGCCAACACUUAUUUUUUGCCAUUAAAAUGGGGAAAUAUUUUAUAUGUGGGAAGCCAAACUUUGAUCAAUACUAAUACCAAAUUUUUCAUUUACUCCACACCAAAAAAAAAAGGAAGUUUCUUUUGCAGAGAGAUAAUCAAACUGUGAUAAUUAUUUUGUUCCUGUCUUUACCAUGUUCUUGAUUUUUAAAAAAGCGCAUUUUUAAUUUUCUCAAAAUUAUGUUUCCCUUUGCAGAAAACCCAAGUUUGGGGUAAGACAUUUCCUAACGUGGUUGGAUUAGCCGCUGGCUUUGACAAACAGGGAGAAGCUGUAGAUGGCCUCUUAAAAAUGGGAUUUGGUUUCAUAGAGGUUGGCAGUGUGACUCCUGAACCUCAGCCUGGCAACCCAAAGCCGCGUGUAUUUAGACUCACAGAGGAUCGAGCUGUUGUGAACAGGUUUGUAUUUUAUCUUGAAAUAAAACCCUCACUGAUUUUAAACUUGUAACAUGCAUCGUCUGAUUUCUGGUCAGAUGUUUUGGCAAAUUGUUUCCGCUGUUAAUCCUAAGACUGUUUGUAGGAAGAGCAAGGACGGGCCAUUUUUUACCAUCCUUGGUCAAUGGAUAACAAGUCAAUGUCCACAACAGGAUUUGUCAUUUGUGUUUUAAUGCUUACCUUUCCUAAUGCAGUGUAGCUAUUAGCCAGUAGCUGGGGGAGUCUGGAGUCAAAUGAGAAGCACAUUUGUUUUUCAAUUUUUUUUAUUGUAUACUGUAUCAAAUAUUUAAUUUUUUUUUAGUAUGAAGAGUGUAUGAAUUUUUGCCUCUUCCUGUAUAGAUACGGCUUUAACAGUGAUGGACAUGAUGCUGUAUUCCAAAGACUAUACAGAAGAAGUGCUGCUGAAAUUAACCCAGGUAUAAUUCUUUUUCUUUUUCAGCAUCAUAGCCUCUUUGUUUUUUAUUAAUUAAAAUGUAAGUACUUCCUCUUUAAAUAAAGAAAAAUUACGGCAAUCAUUCAAUUACCAUAAAAUCUUGUGUCUAUUUUAUAUCACUUGAUUUUAUUGAAAUGUUCAUGUAUAAUUUGUUUCACUCAUGUAUAAUAUGCAAACCCAUUUUAGCUGCCAAUAAUCUGUUUUUCUUAAAUGCGCUUUUCAUUCAGAAUAGUAAUGCAUAUUCAAAGUGACUUUGUUGCUAUAAAUUUGUUUACCGUCUUCUACAACUGUGUUGUUUACCAUUUUAUUGUCUGGUAGCGGUAAUUUCAAAAUCUUAUUUUAAAAUGGUAGCCCUUACUUACUAAGCAUUCUCAUUUUGUUUGGGUUUUUUUUCUGGUUAAAUAUGAAAAUAUGGACACUGUUUGAAAACUAUAGUAAUCAUAUUCAAUAUUUGAAUAAUGGUUAAUUGCUUAGUGGUCUCCAUUUAUGGCUAAAACAAAAUACUAGUAAACGAUCACCAGUGAUUUAUGUGUGCUGUAUUUAAGUACAUUGCAAAUGAACACUUUGAUCACACGAGUGUCUAGGAGUGCAUAUUUGGGUCUUAGGUUACCCAUCCACCUACCUAGGGGAGCAGCGAAACAUGCUUAACAUUAAUUUUUGGACAGAAGUGGAGGAUGAUAGGAAAUCGGAAUGGGACUGGAUUAAAGUUCUUAAAAGAAGGAAACGUUUUAGAAAGAAAGGUAAACUGAAUGUAUCAGAAUGGCAAAUGUGUUAUCUCCUUCUGGUGACUUUUCAAAAGAAUUAUCACAAUUUGCUGGGGGGGGGGGGUUUUUGGGAUUGUUGUUUUUUUGUCUAAUCAGAUGAUUGUUUGUUGUAUUAUUUUAGCCUGAAUACAAUGACACAUUGAUUGGAGUAGAAAAAAAAUUUAAGCAAUUAAUUUUUUUUGAUUAAAAACAUGCUUGUUUUAAUUUUUUUUAAAUUUAUCCAAAUGAUAAAUAAAUUGGGCUAAAUUUGGUGGGGGGGGGGGGUUUUUGGGAUUGUUGUUUUUUUGUCUAAUCAGAUGAUUGUUUGUUGUAUUAUUUUAGCCUGAAUACAAUGACACAUUGAUUGGAGUAGAAAAAAAAUUUAAGCAAUUAAUUUUAUUUGAUUAAAAACAUGCUUGUUUUAAUUUUUUUUAAAUUUAUCCCAAUGAUAAAUAAAUUGGGCUUUGGUUUCCUGUUUCUGCAUGUACAAGCAAGAUUUUAAAUCUUGCGCUGUCAUGUGAAAGAAAAAAGUCCAAGUCAACAUUCGUGCAGUUGAAACAAUUUUUUUGUCUUCUCCAAUAAAUUAAUGGUUUGAUUCGCACCCUUUCCUUCAGAAAAUGGUUUGCUUGGUGUAAAUUUGGGUAAAAACAAGACAUCUCCCGAUGCCGUAGAGGAUUAUGUGAAGGGGGUCAGGAAAUUCGGACCCGUGGCAGACUAUUUGGUCAUCAAUGUGUCCAGCCCCAACACGCCCGGUCUCAGGGACAUGCAGCGCCAGGAGGAGUUGGCCACGCUGAUUGAUAAGGUGAGCAGCAGCUCCAAUGAGUAUUGCAGGUUUUAACCAAAUCAGAACGGACACAUACUGGGGGGAAAAUAAGGGCACAAGUUACAGGAAAAUUUUAAAGAGGCGACAGCAUUUUUUUGUGUUGUCGUCUCUUUUUAAAUUUCACCAUUUAUUUCCUCAUUAGAACGUGUUCACAUUCUACUCAUAUUGUUCCACAUACAUUUGCUGUUAGGACUUAUUGAUGUUAGCUCUUAUGUCUUUCAUAAGAAGUUUACUGUUGCAUCCGAUCUAACAUGUCCUUCAUAUAAUUUUUUGUUGGUAUUUUUUUCAUAGUUGUUUUGUCAAUGGGUAAAGUUCUUUGUUCUUUUUUAAAUAAAGCUAUUUUAAAAUGUUGAUCAAGUAAUUUUUUUUCGUUUUAAUGUCGGUUAAAUAUAUUAUCGCAUCAUAAACUAAAAUAUCGAUGAAGUUUGGGUUGUGUGAGUUAAAAUGUUCACUUCUUCAGGUUGUGGAAGAGAGGAACAAGCUGGCAGUGAACCCGAAGCCACCCCUCCUUGUUAAGAUUGCACCAGAUUUGAAUGAAGAGGAGAAAAAAGACAUAGCCACUGUGAUCACUAGACCAAAGGUGCACACUGUUGUAUUUUAGCAGUUAAAUUACAGUAUUUUAGUGUUCAUGUGAAUCACUCAAAUUUACUCAUACUGUUUAAAUAAAAUUUUAGUUAAUCAUGUAGUUACUUGAGAUAUACAAUGAGAUAUAUAAGUAUAUACUUUUUAAACAAUAAAUUUCUCAUUAACCUAAAUUUACUUUUCAAAUAUGUACUGUAAAUGUAUUGUUUCAUUUCUUGUUUUAAAUGCGUCAUCUCAGUUCUUGUCGUUUAUCUCAGAGUCAGUAAAUAAUAAUAAAUACAAACAGCAUAAUUUUAAGAUUUCUUAAACAUUGAAUCUAUAACAUAGGGAGAAUCAAGAACAAGAGCUUUAUAUUUAAAUCAAUCACCCAUUAAAGAACAAACGAGAUAGCUUUAUUAGCAUUAAGUAGUUCCAUAGUUUACAACAAACGUUGUCUUUCCAGAGUAAAGUUGAUGGUCUUAUAAUAAGCAACACCACUGUUGAAAGGCCCCAAUCUCUGGUCAGCAAGAACAAGUCAGAAACUGGUGGUUUAAGUGGAGCGCCACUGAGAGAGAAGUCACUGGAGACGAUAAGAGACAUGUAUAGGCUUACAAAUGGUGAGUUUUAUUAAAGUUAUUUGUACGCUAUAUAAUCUUCAUCAACAUAAAUAUUAUUGUUUGGUAUGUCACAGUCACAGAGUUAUAUUUGGAUCUCUCAAGUACCCUAGUUAAAAAAAUUUUAACUUAAGUCAUUAUAUUGUUCUGUUUAGUUGAUUCUUUUUUUUUUAAUUCACAAAUAAGUUAAUAUAAAACUAGGGAUUAAGAAAAAAUAUGGGUUUUGGGAGUGUAUUUGUGUAAUUUAUUUAUUAUAUUAAAAUAUGUUAAUAUAAGAUUGCUAGUAUUUCUUAUAGUGAAUUUAUGGUUGUAAAAAUUAACCGAAAACAUAAUUAUGUGUAGCAGUAACAAACUUUGUUUAUUUGCUGUGAGUAUCCUCCUUUUGUCUAAUUCUAUAUAGGUCAAGUAGCUAUCAUAGGGGUGGGUGGUGUCAGCAGUGGAAAAGAUGCCUAUGACAAGGUCAAGGCCGGGGCAAGUCUGGUCCAACUGUAUACAGCCAUGAUAUACCAGGGACCCCCAGUGGUUGCCAAAAUAAAGAGAGAACUGGAUGAAUUAUUAAGGUGAGUUUUUUUCUCUUGGUUUUAUCUUUGGAAUAUAUCAAGAAAAUUCACAAGAAAGCAUUUUAAAUAAACUUCAUUUUUGUGUACAGUUGGCUUGGUACUCACAGGAUAGGUUUUUUUUUAUGGUAGAUUCUUACAUGAACAUACAAUUUUUAAAAGGAAAUCCUUCUUUUAAAAAUAUAAAUUUCCCUUUUUUUAAGAAUUCAAGGAUGCGGUUUUUUAAAAUAUGGUUGUUUUUUUUAAAAUUAAUAUUUCAUUGAUGUCCUCUGCAAUUGUAUAUUACAAUCUACAAAAUAUCAUCUGAAGUUAUAAUUUUUUAUAUAUUAUAUAUAUGAGUGUAUAUCUAGAUAUAUAUUAUAUAUAACAUAAGUUUUAAAAUUAGAUUUUAUCAAAAUUAUCAUUAAUUCAUCAAUUUCCAUAACUCACCAUUUCAGAAAUGAUGGAUUCACUCACAUAUCAGAAGCAGUCGGUGCAGAUUUCAGAAAUAAGGUUUGACCUGUUGCAGGGAAUCGAUGUUUAGAUGACAAAUUCUUGUGGGCAUGUUUUUCAGUUAUUCCUGGCAUCCACAUUUAAACAUUUUAACCAAGCAUCAGGAAAGUAUUUUUAUGCAUUAGAUCUAACUUUAGGGUAUUGAUAAAAAUUCCCUAACAUUUUUUUAGGGGAAAAAGAAUAUACAUCCAACAAUAUAAGGCUGUGUUGCUCAUGGUUGAAAUGGCCAGAAAGACUUUGACAUUGUAUGCUUGUAAUUAGUUUUUGUAGUGUUGCGUUUGUUUUAAAUGUGGUAAAUUAUAGAUUUGUUUUUUGUUGACUUUGUACAGUGCUUCGAGCCUUUGGGGAUGAAGCGUGUUUUUGAAAUGAACUUUAUUAUUAUUAUUAUUAUUAUUAUUAUAUUUAAAAUAGCUGAAAUAUUUUUUUAAAGAGAUGAAGCUACUGUUUUGAUUGAUAUAAAUUACUCACCAUUAUGUAAUUUGGUAUGUCCAUUGGUGCUUUAGAAAAAGGAAGAAAAAAAGAAGAAUACAAUAAUUUUACUUGCAAGUUGGCAAGAUGAAUUGUGAGUUGCCUACAGUUUAUAAAUAAUGCCGUUGUUUGUAAGAAUAUUAAAAUGAGUGUGGAUUUGUUGGUUUUUUUUUAGAGGUGAUGAAAAAAAUAAUCCUUUGAACAUGUAUCUGAAGUACAAAUCAUUUUGUAAAUUUUUAAAUAUGCAAACUGUUUGAUUUUAUACUGUAUCUUGCUAAGCUGUUUGUUGAAUUUACUGUAAAUACAUUUCUUUGUAAAUAUAUAAAUAGUUCUACUGCUGUAGGUAGUUAGACUUAAUGAGAUUUACUAAAUAAAUUUUGAAUUGAUACUUUCACACUAGAAAAUUUGUAUUCCUGGUGCUGAUCCCAUGUUUUGUCUGGAGAAAUAAAUAGACAUAACUUAUAACUGUCAAUUUUCAGUUUUACCCAAUGAUGUUGUACUGUUCUGUUUUUGUCUUCAGGUUCUAAAAUGGUUAUAGAGCAGUACCAUUUUAGUAUCUUUAAUACUUUUACAAGAUGAUUCAUACCAUCUCCCUAACCCCAC